AUGAACGUCACUAUCUUCGAAGGAGUGAUAUUUGUGAUUGAGGUGAAGACUAAAGGAGGCAGCAAGUACCUGAUCUACAGGAGGUACAGGGAGUUCUUGCAGCUUCACCAGAUCUUGGAGUCCAAGUACUCUGCAGACGGCUCAGAAAGUCCAGCCCCGGGCACGUGGAGCCUGCCCACUCUGCCAGGUAAAAUAUAUAUUGGCAACAAGAGAGAUAUUGCAGAAAACAGAAUUCCUGAACUCAACGUGUACAUGAAGAAGUUGCUGGCUCUUCAGUGGCUGCUUUUGGAUGAAGCACUGCGCAUGUUCUUCUAUCAGAGUGAAGUGGACCGUAUGCAACAGCCACGGGCCCUCAGGAGACUGCGUCCACCAACACGCAAAGUGAGAACUGUCAAAGACAAGAUGGAUCUGUUAUCUUCCCCAAGAGCUGAGGUUCUGUUUGAUUUCCGGGGAAGUGGAAACGCUGAGCUUAACCUACAAAGGGGCCAACUGGUGUUCCUGCUGCGCCAGGUUAAUGCAGACUGGCUGGAGGGCACGGUGAAUGAGCAGACCGGCAUCUUCCCACAAUCCUUUGUUCAGAUCAUCAAGCCCCUCUCCCCCUCGGACUGUGACGGUGAGGGAGGCCACGCCUACAGCUGCCUCCGCUGUUUCCUCCUCCGACCCGAUGCCACAGAUGCAAGAGACGUGUGUGUGCAGGAGGCCCUGGGGAGUCAGCCCACCUUCAAGGAGCUGCUGUCCCGCAUGAGGACAGUGUUCCAGGAGGAGGACAUCUCUCUGAACUACAGGGAUGAAGACAAGGAGCUGGUGAGGAUUCUGGACGAUGAGGACGUUCGGCUGAUGAUCCGACAGAGCAGAAUGCACCCGAGCUCAGAGCACCGGCCUGUCAACCAAUUCCCCUGGGAGCUGCAUGUGACCCUGACCUCUGACCUCUCCAUGUACGCCCCCUACAGACAGGAGGGGGAGCAGAUGUCACUGCUCCAAUCAAUUUUGACUACCACCGGCACACGCAACUAUUUUUUAGAUGAAUAUUGCAAUUUCAAAUGUUCAUAUUACAACAUAAUGACACACAGUUGUUAGAAAUGAUGACUGUAUAGCAGAUAGCACUAUAUGUCUUCAUCUGAAUAAAUGUUUGUACAAUCUUGUAUGAAAUAUAUCAGAUUCCCUC